AUGGCUCCUGGGAGCAUUGCCUCCAGUGACAUCUCAACCUCCUCAACCUCCUCAACUUCUACAGAGGGGUCAUCCGUGGUGUCUGAGUCUGAAAAGCCAGGCCCGAGCCGUGGCGUCGUCAGAGUGGGGCGCCGUCACCCGCCCGUGCUGCGCAUGGUUCUGGAGGCGCUGCAGGCGGGAGAGCAGCGCCGGGGCACCUCGGUGGCCGCCAUCAAGGUUUACAUCCUGCAGAAGUACCCGACGGUGGAUGUCAUCCGGCUCAAGUACCUGCUGAAGCAGGCCCUGGCCACUGGCAUGCACCGCGGCCUCCUUGUCAGGCCCACCAACUCCAAGGCCAAGGGGGCCACCGGCAGCUUCAAAUUGGUUCCCAAGCAUAAAAGGAAAGUUCAACCCAGGAAGACCUCCACCAUGACUGCUCCCAGGAGACCCGGUGAGGGCAAGGAGAAGGUCCCCAAGAAGCCAAAGGAGGCAAAGAAGGACCCUCCCAAUCUAGACAAGGUGAAAAGGGGACCCAGGAAGCCAGGAGAGGCGAGGACUGCUCCUCCCAAACCAGGUACAGCCAAGGAGAAGUCUCCCAAGAAAGGCAGCCAGACCAAAAACCAAGAGGCAAGAGUGAGUGAGGCCAGGAAGGUCUCCCAACAGCCAGACAAGGCCACGCAGGCCCUUCCCAGGGCCAUGGGGCCCAGUGGGAAGUCAAAGGUCAAAGGCAGGAGGAAUAGCCAAGGUAGGUGUAAAACAAAAGCUGGGAGUCAGAAUUCAAAAUCCACCAUCCCCAAGGGCACAAAUGGUGCUGCUUCUCCAGCCAAGAAAGAAAACCGUGUCCCUAAAGAAGUCAUUGCCCAUGCGGCCAAGGAGGGACCUAAAGCCAAGGCUGCUGCUGCUCCAAAUGGUGGCAGGUCUAAGACGCUGCCUGAACACCUGGCCAGGAAGACCGAGGCCCCCAGGGGCCCUAGGAAGGCUGGCAUACCCACCAAGUCCUCCUCAUCCAAACUGGCCAGUAGGAAGGCAGGGACUGAGAGCUAG